AAGAAUGUAUCUCUAUCUUACUGGAAUUCCUAUUGGAUGCUGCCCUCUGAUGUUUGUGGGAAGAACUGCUUUUGGGAAGCUGCUCUUAGGUACAAUUUUGUGAAAACUGAGCCUUCUGAGAAGAUGCACUUGGCAGUGGUAGCCUGUGGUGAAAGGCUGGAAGAAACAGUUACUAUGUUGAGAUCUGCCAUUAUUUUCAGCAUUAAACCUCUACAGUUUCAUAUUUUUGCAGAAGAUCUGUUACAUCCUAAUUUCAGAGAAAUGCUUGAUAGUUUGUCAUACCAAGAAAAAUUUAAUUACACUUUGUAUCCCAUCUCAUUUCCAACCGAGAAUGCUGCAGAAUGGAAGAAACUAUUCAAACCCUGUGCUUCUCAAAGGCUUUUUUUACCAUUAAUUCUCAGUGAUGUGGACUCUCUACUGUAUGUUGAUACAGACAUCUUGUUCUUAAGACCUGUUGAUGAUAUUUGGUCUUUCCUGAAAAAAUUUAAUUCUUCUCAAAUUGCUGCAAUGGCACCAGAACAUGAGGAGCCUCGUAUUGGAUGGUACAAUCGCUUUGCUAGGCAUCCAUAUUAUGGAAAUACUGGAAUAAAUUCUGGAGUAAUGUUAAUGAAUAUGACCCGCAUGAGGAGAAAAUAUUUCAAGAAUGAUAUGACAACAGUACGAUUACAGUGGGAAGAAAUUCUCAUGCCACUGCUGAAAAAAUAUAAGCUAAAUAUAACGUGGGGUGAUCAGGAUCUUCUGAACAUUAUGUUUUUUCAUAAUCCAGAAAGUCUUUUUGUUUUUCCUUGCCAAUGGAAUUACCGACCUGACCACUGUAUUUAUGGAAGCAAUUGCCAACAGGCUGAAAAUGAUGGAAUAUUCAUUCUUCAUGGAAACAGAGGUGUUUACCAUGAUGAUAAACAACCUGCUUUUCGAGCGGUGUAUGAGGCAAUAAAAAAUUAUUCGUUUGGUGAUGACCUAAUGCAUGCAUUGCUGCUACCCCUUGAACUGGAACUACAAAAGACACAGCAUACUUACUGUGGAAGAAUAUAUAAAGUGUUCAUAAAGCAGCUAACAAAAACCAUACAGAAUAUUUAUGAUAGAAGAUCUAAAGGAAGGUGAUCACUUUGGGCCCUCCAAAUUUUCAAACUGAACAAGACAGAUGUUGGGAGAAUAUGGGAAGCCUUAAGGAAAGAAGCAACAUAUUGCUGAAGUUGGAUUUUACAUGCAUGCUGAGAUGUAUCUCCCAGUGCAAAGAUGUUGUCCAUCUCAAAGAAUUCUUUUUCAGGAAAAGAAGCAUACUGUUGAUAAUGUUUUUGAAGUCCAUUUCUUACACAUUUUCAUUGCAAUGAUUUUUUUAUUCAGGUUUAUGUUCAUAAUUCCAUUGCUUUUAAACCUCAGAUGAGUAGGAUAAAAAUGAAGGUCUUUUAUACUUUAUAAAUAAUUGUUCUUUGUCAUACCUAAUCUUAAAUUCUGCUAAACUGUGAAUGUAGCAGUAAUGGAGUAGGCACUAACCUCACUUUAAAAGUGCGAGAACAAGUUGUUUACAAAGCUCAAAGGUGGUUGCUUUCAAAAGAAUGUGACAAUCUAUAUGUGCCUUUUAAAAAUAUCUUGUUUUUUAAAAUAUUUCGACAAUCAUGUUUUACACACACAAGCUAUAAGCGCUACAGGAUACAUUGGGCUUCCACUCUGAACAAAGAUACCUAAUGGAAAUAAACCUCAGCCAUCUGUAGUUAAACAACUAAGCUCUAAAGAGGUAUGUAGGCACAAAUAAAGAGCUUAAUAUGAGCCUGCUAGUGGGCCUUCUUUCAAUUCCCUUCACCUUUAAACAACACAUUAUCAUACUACAUGUUGCUUUUAGAUGUCUAUAUGUGCAGGACAUAUACGUUCUAGGCAGCAUGAACUGUAGUUCCAGAAGUACCAGCCCAAAGACUUAGCUUUGCAAACCUCGUUGUAUAGUCCUUGGGUCCUGGCCAGUGUGCUAUAAUGGCUGAGCCAUAAUGGAAAAAUGUUAUGUCUGGACUACUUUUUUAAAAAUAAGACUGAAUGUGAAAUCGAUGCUUAAUAUCAAGUUUAUUACAUUUAAAUAGUAUUUUUAUAUAGCUUCACUGGCCAUUAUUGAAGGAAAACCCAUAUUUUAAUGAAGUGUUUAUACAGGAAUGCUAGUAGUUAAAAUCUAAUGCAUACUUAUUAAUUUACCCAAAUUCAUUUAACCCUAGGAUAAUGUAAUAGGAUUUGAUUAUGUUCAACGUCUUUAUUUCCUUGUUUGCUUACCAAAUUGUUACUGCAUAUUUUGCUCAGAGCUUUAAAAUAUUUUGUUACAAACAUUUGGCCUCAGUGGAAACAUGGUGGCUAUUUCCUUAUGUGGUGCAUUAAUUAUGGUCCUGGAUUAGGGGGAAAAUUUCUAAGUAAUUAUUGAAAAAAUAUUUUAUCUCAUAAAAUGGCAGCUUUUAAUGUACUUUAUGUAUUAAGUAGAAAAGAGGUUAGUAAUACCUGAGCAUGGAGGUCUUUAGAACUCAAUUCAUCUUCCUUAGGAAAGGUAUCUUUUUGGUGUAACAGAUACUCACAGCAGGUAUUUACAGUUGCUGAAAGUUCAGGAUUCCAAAAAUAUGAUAUAUCUUUUGUUGCACAACAUAGAAAAUGUUUAGAAAAAAAACCAUAUCAGUAUGUAACAAGAUGUCCAAUCUCUGUUGGAACAAAAUGUUACAGCUUAGCUCACUUAACAGUAGGGAUUCUGUUCAGGGUUCUCUCCAGUCAUUUUCCCCCCAAACCUCCUUGUACUACUAUGUACCCAGUUUUUGUUCUCCAGUUGAUACACCUUUUCAUUCCAACUUUGAGAUUUUCCAAGUACAUUGAUAUUGUCUCUUAUUUUUCAGUGAUCCUUUUUUGAUGUCAGAUCUGUUGGCAUUCACCAUCUGAGUUCAUUAUUAGAGGCCCAAUGAUUAACUGAUAACCAUUAAUUGUCCCUCUCAUGUUUCAGUCUAAUUUCAUUUGAUGAAAGCCAGUGUGACUCAAAUUCAAUAAUUAUGCAGCCUUCCCAAAUGCUUAAAAGACAAGACUCAAAUGUCCCUUUACUAUUGUGAAUAAUAACUUUGUAAUUGGCAAGGUGUCUUCAAGAAGUCCUGUCUAUGAAUCUCUUAGCUGGCUGGAUAGCUGUGUAGUUUAGGUAUCUGGCUGUGGAACCAGAGGUUGAGAGUUCGAUUCUCCACUGUA